GAACAGCUAUCGAUAAUAACGGAGCUCUUACUAAGAGCUGAAAUCACUGAGCGAGAACGCUAAUCCCACAUUAUUGUGUUUGGUGUACAAGCGUGGGGAUUGCAAAAAGUCAGAGUCAUUUCGAAUCCUGGCAUGAAGGUCUAAGGAUAAGAGUUAAAUGCUGAUGCUCAUACACAUUUUUUGGUGACAGAUAUUAUGCGAUCACUGUAUUAGCCACAUUUGUGACAAACAACGGAGCACAACACUUUUUAACUUCGCGGUAUUUGUGAACGACAGGGUUUGAGCUUAAAACAACAAACACUUUUGUUGAAGGUGACUUACAACUACAGAAAAUAUGAUGACUAUAAUAAUAUCGAACAGCUGAUGAACCGAUAUUGCAUAUUAUAUUGUUUUGCGGAUGAUUGCGCAUAUAAAUAAAUAUUGUUUGUUAUCGUAUUUGUCGACAUUGAACAUCGGUCUACUAGAAAGGCAGCACUCAGAAGAAGAUAUGUAAUGAACCCUGCUGGGUUUCUGCAACCAAUUUAAAAUCAUGGUACGAUUUGACGUUAGUUAUGUUGAUAAACAAUUAUUAUGAUCACUCAUUUGGACUGGUUGAAUACUGGUGUUUUUAAAAGAAUGAUACACAAUAUUUAAGGCAGACUAUUCUGCAUUUGGACUACUCAACUUGCCGCCAUGAUUUUCUUACAAUCUGAUUUUGUUUUAUUUACUUUUCUGUGUGUGGUGUCUUUGCUGGCAGUGGCAGACGGUACUUUUACGACAAAUCCAAAUGAGCAGGUCACUAAAGAAGGUGGUUCUGCAUAUUUUUUUUGUAUCUUUGAGGAGGAUUUGGGUGACGGCAUGGAACUGGCAUGGCUUCGAUCAGGAAUUAGAAUAUCUAAUAUAUAUAAUGAGGUGAUACCAAAUGUAGUGGACGAUCCAUCGAGAUAUACAAUAGAGUCUGCCGAAAAUCGUUACGGCCUAUCAAUACGCCACAUUAAAAGAUCUGACGCCACUGAAUAUGCAUGUGCAGUUUAUAACAGCAAUAUAGAGACUAAAAAAGCUGAAGCUGCUGUCUUAAUAGUGAAUGAGAUUCCGCAGAAGCCAGUGUGCUUGAUUGUAGAUGAUUCAUACACUGAAGGUACAGAAGCAACUAUCAAGUGUCGUGUCGAGAACACAAAUCCUCCCGCUACCGUCAAAUGGAAAAUUGGUAACGAAAUACUAAACACCGACGAAAUGGAAGAAACUGGCAAGAGUGAAUGGAAAUAUUAUACCUACAAAUUUUGGCCCAGUUACAAUGAUAACCGGGCUACCUACACCUGCCAAGUGACAACAGAAGCAGAUGAGAAUUUUGUCGACAACUGUACCACCGGAGCAAUAAACGUUUUGUACAAACCGCGAGUUAAUAUACAAGAAUCGGCUACCAUCAACGAAGGACAAGAAGCUGUAAUCUUUUGUGAAGCAGAUGCAAAUCCAGAAGCACUAACAUACAGUUGGACGUUUGAACCACAAAUUCCCGAGGAUAAAAUUAGACUUGAAAAUAACAAUAAAAUACUGAGGAUACUUAACCCAACCAAGAAUUUGAAUCAAACGAAAGUAAUAUGUACCUCUAGAAACAAAGUAGGCUAUGCUUCAGCUUAUGUAAAUCUAGUCAUCAGGUCUCCUCAACUAAAAACAUAUAAUACAGGUUCAGUGUAUGAUCCCGCACUGUCUGAUAACCAAGUAAACGAAGACCAAGGGCUAGCGUUUACAGUUCCCCUUAUUCUCGCACUGGCUGGGGGAUGCUCAGUUCUUUUUUUAUUCCUUCUACUUAUACCAAUUUGCUAUAUUCACAUGUUUGGCCGUAAAAGUGUGAUGACACCGGACGGUAGGAUCAUCGCUCAACCAGAUAUAUAUUUUGAGCCUAGGGAUCGUAUAAUGCCACCAUUACCUGGUCUCCCAGACGGACUGACUUGGGUACGGUCUGUAGGAGUACAGGUUCCCGGGGAGGCAGAAAGCGAAUCUUCAUUUUAUGCUGAAAUAUCUGGUAGCAGAAAAUCCGCGUGCUCAGCAUAUGGAUCAUACACAGGUUAUGGAACCUACGGAAGACGGUCUACGUACAUUUAAAACAAAUAAGAUGAAACAAAUUAUAUAACACUUUUUAAUUUCUAUAUUUUGUUGAAAAUGUCUCAUGUACACUAUGAAGUUGAUGAUUUUGUAAUGACCAUUAAACCAGGGAACAGUGAAAUUAAUUCACUGAUUAAAUUCAAUAACUGCAAACUUCCAAUAGGCCUAAGCAGUCGGCACUAUGAUAGUUCCUUAGUGUAAUGAACCUUCCGGAGUGUCAAUCAAACUUAACUAACCAAUCAGUAUGCGCUUGUCUCACAAACAUACGUGAUUUCCCACAAACGCACUGUGUGCGUAGGCUUUUUGAUAUCUUAGCAAAAACAGCCUAGGGAUGGGGCUUAGCCGAAAGGCCCAUUACGGUGAUAACAACUAGUUCUUAACCCCCCUAAUGUUUACCUCUAAAUUAAAGAGCUUUGGGGAACUGAUGCGUUUUUAAGCGGAAGAGAACUAGGUUACAGACGAAAUCAGACCAACGGUUAUUGCAGAAUGAAUACAGAAUCACUAAACAUCUGUCGUUUUUGCUGAAAAUUAUUCACAAAGAUUCGAUCUUAGUCCUCCUAAAGUUAAUUUGCUCUAGAUCUUUUUUAUGCGCAACUUCAUCUAUGAUAAGUAUUUGAUUAAGUACGAUGCUUAUUCGUUCCGUUCACGUUUUAGCUAAGGUUUGUCGAGUUAUGUUUAACGAGUAUUUCGCAUCUAUUAAAAUGAGAUUUUCUUCGCACUGACUGAUUAUUGCCGAACCAUUCAUGCUUCUCUCUGAAAAUGAUGGCAACUAAUUCAAAGUAUUGAUGAUAUCAAUGGGAGAUGAUGAUUACUCCAAAAGAACGUUCUUUAAACGACGUAGGAGGCAAUUGAAAUAGCGCAGUGGCCUACCUUCUGCUUAUUGGCAUUCCAACAGGAUGGCAAAUUUGCAUUGCUAUUAACAUCUCCAAAUUGAUUUUAAUCAUUUGCCUCGAGCAGCCACUAACUCCGAGUGCAGGAUGUUUAAUAAACCCGACAGCAUUGGCCAGAAUUUCACAAAAACUUGCGGAUUCGUUUGCUGUGCUCAAUAUAUUCCGGAACAUGCAUUUUUUUGUUCUUCAUCAUUCGUAGUAAAAGACGAUUUUUAGCAUGUCAUAAUUGAACGAUCAUGGACUAUCUAUAGAGAUGUACUGUAUAAUGUAUAUAAUUGUAUUAAUAUGAAUAUGGUGCUUUUAAGAAUUUUAAAAAAGAAAAAUAAUAUGAAUAUUUUUGUUUUGUUUUUGUUCUUUAAACAGUCUACAUAACGAGCACUGAAUAGUGGUGUUGAAUAGUAGUUGUGUUGGAUAUUGUGAGGAAACGUUAACAUAAUAUUAAAGUAAAACGACACGAAAGUAGAAACCACAUGCAUUUUCUGUAGACAUUUGCGUUUUACGGUAAAAUAAGUGCAAUUAGAUACUGGUACAACGGGAAAGUAUUCAAACAAAUGAUAAUUCAAAAGGUUAUUGUUCAAAACGUAUGACUAAUUCCUACGCACCAUAAACUUGGAUUAUUGUUUUUAAAAUAAUAAAAAUACACUUAAUCAAGGACUUUCAAUUAGCUAUACUGAGAAAAAAAAGAAGAUUAUCUGAAUAAUAAUUUUGCUUUAUUCAUAUGCAAUGUGAUGUUACUUGAAUACCAGACUAUGGUCGUUAUUAGAUAAAUUUAAUCAAAAUAAACUUAAGCAAGGACUUUUAUUGAGCUAUACUGAGAAAAAAAAAUGUUUUCUGAAUAAUGAUUUUGCUUUAUUCAUACAUAUAUUAUAUAACAAGCGAAUGGGUAAAUUGUUUUCAAUGACAUAUGAACAAGCAGUAAUACACAGUCUUAGCAUUCCUUGUCCAAGGUUUAUGUGAUUACCGUCCUAUCAUAAUAUGAUAAAAUUCCCUGAUAUAACUGUAUAUACCUCUAUAUUUCAGAAUUGUUUUGGAAAUCCCUCUCUGUUCGUAUCAUAAAUUUCAAUUACCUUAGAGAAUUUAUUGCUUUUUUGUUUAAUUGAUACCUAAUUUUAAUGCAUUUUAUUAAACAUAAUUUAUAAGUCUCAUGUUGGCCUUUUACUGACAUUUUUUUUCUGUUUGUUAAUGGUAAUAAACACCAUAUUCAUAUACCUACAUUUUUUGUUUAUAUAUUUUACAAUAUUUGUUCAAAAUAUAGGCCUAAUCUAUAGUACUUUAGUUGUUUACCGUGCAAUAAUAAUAAAUUUACACUUGUGUAAACUAUUCAAAUAAAAGUUAGGCACAUAUUAAUAAUAAUAAUAAUUUAUACUAUUAUCAUUAUUAUUAUUUUAUUAUUAUUAUCAUAAUCAUUAACGCCGUCGUCGUCAUCAUCAUUGCUAUUAUUACUGUCUUACUAUCAUUAUUAUUUUUAUCGUUUUUAGCACAUGCCACCCUCCAUCAAAUAUUAAUAAGGAUCUUUGUGGGCCAGUUCAUCAUCAGUCAACAUGGGUAUUGUUAAACCAAGUAAAUGGUUUUAUUUGGUGUUCCCAUCGGGAAAAUAUUUAGUAUGUGCUCAUAUCAUUUGGUGAAUUUUGUCGGCAAGUUAAAAGACGUGCAUUCACCUAAUAUCACUUUUUUUUAUAAUUGCAUCCGUGAAAAUCUCCAAAUUUUUAAAAGCUUUUAUCUGUUUUAUGUUUGACUUUUAUUUCAUAUAUUGGCAACUUAGUUUUUCUUUCUAUUAGAUCUAUACAUUUUCUUGGGUUUUUUUUUUAAAUAUUAAAUAUGCCUCGUUAUUGAAAAUAAGAAAUAAAUAUGAAUUAUAAAAAGAAUAUACAGAUCUUGAUUGACAGAAGUAAAAAUAAUGCAAAACAAUAAUAAAAUAAUUAUUUUAAAACUAUAUAAUAUAUUAAUCAAAUAAAUUAUUUGCAAACUCCCAAAAUCGUUAUUUUGGCGGGUAGUAAAUUGAAGAGGAUUAUAACAGGGACUUAAUUAUUGAUUUUGCCUGUCAAUUUGUAUUUUACGUCAAUGUUACUCCAUAACACUUUGUAUUUGCAUUGUUUAACUCGUACCACUUACUCAAUAUGCUUAAUUCAUAAACAAAACAAACAUUUGUAGGCCUACAUUUAGGUUAACACUCCUCGUGCGUAGUUAUGCAUAGGAAAAGUUAAUGUGAACCUUGCAAAAUGUCCCCAAAAUGAGGGGUUGUAUGUAUUCACGCUUCUUUACUCCACACAAUUUGACACAUUCAUAACGUCUAUAUUAGCCUAUCGGCGUCAGAUGUAUGGACAUUGUGAGAUUGUACGCAGCCUUCAAUGAUGCUAAUAUCACACUUAUACGCGGCUUUGGUGCUUAUAAAAUUCCGGGACAUACUGUACGCUCCAUAAUUUCUAUGACACAUAAUACGCACGGGGAUGGUUAUAAUUGCCUUUGUCUUCAUUUUGUUGUUAUUUAGUCCGUUAUUCUGUUUACAUUUUAAGAAAUUAGAGAUAAUUCUAAUUAUUAUUACUUAAUAAUUAUUGUUACUUAGUAGGAGAUUCUGAGUUUUUAUAUACUGAGACGCUGUACCGAUUGUAAUAAUGUUACGCAACAUUAUUGAUAAUAUGCUGUUACAUAUUAAAUAUACAUUACCGUAUAUUAAAACCUA